UAUGUGUUUCAAGUUUAUCAUUAAUCUGUCCAUUUUUGAAAUCGUAUGUUGAUUGCCCAAAGUAUCCUUCCGAAGAAGAAGUAUGUUUAGGUAAACCACAUAAAGCAGUGACAUAAAAAUGAGUGACAGGCAAGCACUGUUGAACAACAUGGCUGAUUUGCAAAUAAGGAAUGGAGAAAAUGCAAACUUGAAUGGUGGCCGAAAUGAUCUUGAUCCUGUCUUCGAGGUGGAAAAUGAUAUCAUCAACGGCGAGCAGCAAAAUCUUGUUGAUCCUGACUUUGACGUAGAAAUGAAGGAGUUGCAGGAGUUAGAAGAUAUUAAUCCUCAAAAUCAUUUCGUUUUACAAGGACCUCUGCAUGGUCAGUUCGCUGGACGGAGACCAUUAUUAGGCAUAGAUGCUGCUCGUAAUGCACAAGGACAUCGACAGAAUCAGCAAAAUGCAAUCAUUGACCAGGUUCCACUGGUCGUAGGCCAGGGUGCUGCUGAUGAAGCUCAAGGACCUUUGCAAAAUCAGCAAAACUCUAUCAUUGGCCAGGUUCCACUGGUCGUAGGCCAAGGUGCUGCUAACAGAGAUCAAAGACUUCUGCAAGCUCAGCGCAAUAGAAUUGGUGGCCAAGUUCCACUGGUCGUAGGCCAAGGUGCUGCUAACAGAGAUCAAAGACUUCUGCAGGUUCAGCGCAAUGGACUUGGUGGCCAGGGUCUCCCUGAUGGGGCUGAAGAUCUUUGGCAGGCUCAAAAUAAUGAUGUCGCAGGACCAUUACAGCGAGCUGGCGCCAUUCAGAGAGCUGGUGCUGGUGCUCGAAGAUCUAUGCAGGGUCAGCAUAAUAACAAUAACGGACAAAGACCACCACAGCCCCAGAGAGAGGCUAUAAACCUUAAAAUAAAAAAACAAAGCAAUUCACACACAAAUUAUAAUUGAGAUUUCCAUUAACUUAA